CUCUCGCUUCCCUCGCUCUCCUUUGUAACUUUACAGAUUUGACAGCCACUGUAGUGUGCAGGCAUGAAGCUGGACGUGGAUGUCCUGAGAUAUCUCUCGAAAGAUGACUUUAGGGUUCUCACCGCUGUUGAGAUGGGAAUGAGAAAUCACGAAAUUGUACCGUCAGAGCUUGUUGACCGUAUUGCCCGUCUCAGGCAUGGAGGCACCUACAAGGUAUUGAAAAAUUUGCUCAAGCAUAAGCUGUUGCAUCAUGACUCUUCAAAAUAUGAUGGGUUUCGGCUGACUUAUCUUGGUUAUGAUUUUCUUGCCAUAAAGACUUUGGUUAAUCGUGGGGUGUUUACGGCUGUUGGUCGUCAAAUUGGCGUGGGGAAGGAAUCUGACAUAUUUGAGGUCGCCAAGGAAGAUGGCACAAUUUUGGCAAUGAAGCUUCACAGGCUGGGAAGGAUCUCUUUCAGGGCUGUCAAAUCUAAGCGUGAUUAUUUGGUGCACCGUUCUAGUUAUAAUUGGUUGUACUUGUCACGGCUUGCUGCACUGAAAGAAUAUGCAUUCAUGAAGGCUCUGGAAGAGCAUGGGUUUCCUGUUCCAAGUGCUGUGGAUUGUAAUAGGCAUUGUGUCAUUAUGUCUCUUGUGCAGGGAUAUCCACUUGUGCAAGUGAAGCAAUUGCAAAAUCCUGAUAUGGUAUUUGAGAUAAUUAUUGGUCUUAUUGUUCGUCUGGCAGAGCAUGGCCUUAUCCAUUGUGACUUCAAUGAAUUUAACUUAAUGAUUGAUGACAAUGAGAAUGUUACCAUGAUUGACUUUCCUCAGAUGGUCUCUGUUUCUCAUCGUAAUGCACAAAUGUACUUUGACCGUGAUGUUGAUUGUGUUUUUAAGUUCUUCAGCAAGAGGUUCAACCUUUCUUUUGAAGAAAUCACAGAUGAAUGUGAUGAGUCUGAUUCAGACAUGAAUGAAAAUGGCAGACCCUGCUUUUCUUCCAUUGCAAAAUCUGCUGGUUCUCUUGACAAGGAACUUUCUGCCAGUGGGUUUACAAGAAAAGACCAGGAUGAUAUCGAGAAGUUCACAGAAUGUGUGAGUGAGAAGGAUUCUGAUGGCACUGAAAAUUCAGAUGGGGGAAGUUUUCCAGAUGAUUGUGGAGCUAACAGUAGCAAUUUGGAAUCGUUGCAUCUAGUAGAUCUGGAAGAGCUGUCCAUGAUGGGUGGUAACAAAGAGGAUAACAUGGAGGAGAAUCGGCAUUCCUCUGAAGUAGUCGAGUGCAAUGGACCUGAAACUUCAGAAGCAGAUGAGAAGGUGGAUGAUCAGGACCUCAAUGAAAGCGAUGAUGAAUUGAUGAAGCGCUUGAACAAACAGAGACGGCGAGCAAUAGCUGCAGCUCAUGGGGGACGGAGGGCCCUUGCCUCCAGAAAUUCCUACAAGGAUAAGGGUGGUAAGACUUCACACAAUUCGAAGAUCCAAAAGCAAUUGAGUGGUUGGUGAUGGAUAAGUGCGAAAAGGUUCAGUGGACAAGUCUUUUGAGUGCUAGUAGCAGGUUUGGUCAUCCAUCAUUUCCAUUCAGCAGCGGAGUAGGGGCAAGGAUUAUUCAGACAAAAGUUGUUCUGGAUGACCACAGAUGUGAUGAUCUCUUCAGCUUCCGGUUGAGGUACAAAUUCUGUUGUGGCAUUUUUUAU